GGAAAAGGAGAAACCCGAAACACAACAAUGGAGAUCCGACCCGUUUCAUGUCAGCAUGAUGAGGCCACCGGAGACACCGCGUGACCCGAUGGAGUUUCUGUCUCGUUCAUGGAGUGCCUCUGCACGUGAAGUCUCCAAGGCUCUCACCACCAUGAACAACAACAAUAACAACAACAAAGCUCCUUGUAAUGUUAUAAUACUUGAGAACAUAGCUGGUGAAGUAGAAGAAUCUGUUAAUGUUUCUGGCAACCCUUUUUCUUUUGCUUCCUCUGAGACUUCUCAAAAGGUCAUGGACCGUAUCAUGUCACACUCGGUAUGUUAUAUGUUACCUCAGGAGGUAUCUCCACGCACCUCAGGAAGACUUUCUCAUAGUAGUGGCCCUCUUAAUGGUUCUUUAACAGAUAGCCCUCCGCUUUCCCCUUCUGAAAUUGACGAUUUCAAGCAGUAUAACCGCUCCAACAACAAUCACAACAACAACAACAACUUGAACAGUCAAUACCGCGCAGCCGCAACCGGCGGCCCUGCUGGCGUCGGCAGUGGCAAGACGGUAGGGAGGUGGCUUAAGGAGAGGAAGGAGAAGAAGAAGGAGGAAACCAGGGCCCAAAAUGCUCAGCUACAUGCAGCAGUUUCGGUGGCCGGAGUUGCCGCCGCAGUUGCUGCCAUAGCUGCCGCCACGGCGGCAUCAUCAGGCUCUGGCAAAGACGAGCAGAUGGCGAAGACUGACAUGGCGGUGGCGUCAGCAGCGACGUUGGUUGCAGCUCAGUGUGUUGAGGCUGCGGAGGCUAUGGGGGCUGAGCGUGAUCACCUGGCCUCAGUGGUUAGCUCCGCCGUGAACGUGAGGUCUUCCGGCGACAUAACAACCUUAACGGCAGCGGCGGCAACAGCUUUACGUGGGGCUGCCACAUUGAAAGCAAGGGCCCUCAAGGAGGUUUGGAAUAUUGCAGCUGUUAUUCCUGUGGAGAAGAAUUUGAGAGUUGCUGGUGGUGGGGGUAAUGGUAAUGGUAAUGGUAAUGGUAGCAAUUGUAGUUCUAAUAGUAGCUUCAGUGGUGAACUUGUUGAAGAAGAAAAUUUCUUGGGUAUCUGUAGUAGAGAAUUGCUAGCCAGAGGUUGUGAACUCCUCAAGCGCACACGCACAGGUGAACUACAUUGGAAAAUUGUAUCUGUUUAUAUAAACAGGAUGAAUCAGGUUAUGGUGAAGAUGAAGAGUAGGCACGUUGCUGGGACCAUCACAAAAAAGAAAAAGAAUGUGGUUCUUGGAGUGAUCAAAGAUAUGCCUGCAUGGCCUGGUCGCCACUUGCUAGAAGGUGGCGAGAACCGUCGCUACUUUGGUUUGAAAACAGUAAUGCGUGGUGUUGUUGAAUUUGAGUGUAGGAAUCAAAGAGAAUAUGAUGUGUGGACUCAGGGUGUGACAAGGCUCCUCUCUAUAGCUGCUGAAAGGAACAACAGAAACAGAAUAUGUACUUCUUUUUAAUUGGGAUGGAGGAAAAAAAUUUUGGGAGUUGGGAAUAGGAUCCAUGGUACUAGUAAGAUGAAGAUGAUAGAUCUUUUGAUAGAUGGUGGGGGGUUUUGAUCCAUUUGUAAAAAGGGUAAAUUAAAGUUCUAGUUAUUGCAAAUGGGGGUCUCUUUAAUCUUGGGGAACAUACAUGUGUAUUUUGAUGUAUUUUUUUUUGGAAUGGGAAAGUAAAGUCAUUUGAACCAAAGUAAGUGAAAAUCAUGUCAAUCUUAGUGUUCUUUCACUGAUGUGGAAAGAAAAGGAGUAUCUUGGACCAGGGCAGUCAAAAGAAAAAGGGAAAGUGUCACAUUUGAGUGAAGUGUAAUAUUGAACAUCAAGACAUAAUCUAAUUUUAUAUGUGCUUUGUUUA